GUACUCUCCCUUUCUUUUCCUCCCCGUGUUCCAUCGAUCUCUCUGGAAGGUUCUUCGCCCUUCCUCCUGCGGCGAGCGGAGCAGUUAAACCCGCUGCGUCCUGCACACUUCGCCUUUAGAUUACAGUGGUUGCACGGCUUUGCUUGCGGUUUUUACACGCCGAAGGACACUUAUUUCUCCAGCAUUCAUAGGAGUGUCGCGAGGCUUGCAGCAGCAGCGCCAUAUUCACAGACCAAAAAAAAAAAAAAAAAGCUUCUCAUACUAGUUUAUUCAGCUACUACAACUGCUGUUCGCGGCGACUGAAGUUACUCUCCUCGAGUUAAAACGGGUUCUUUUUCUAAGAAUUCGAGUGUAAAGGCGGUAGCUGGUGCAGAACAUUUAAUUUCCUCCGCGUGACGCCUCGCUCCAGUCCAGAGAAGAGUCUAGAAAGUUCUGAGGCGCUGCUGCGGACCACGGACGAUGACCGCCGAGGAACUGAGCACCGCGGGCGAAGGGCAACCUUCUUUCGCCAUGGAGGGGGACGACAUUACGCCCAAGAAGGAUGGAGGUGUUCUGAAGCUGGUGAAAAAGGAAGGAACAGGCACUGAGCUGCCCAUGACUGGAGACAAAGUGUUUGUGCACUAUGUCGGCACCUUGCUGGAUGGCACCAAAUUUGACUCGAGUCGUGAUCGGGGUGAAAAGUUUUCUUUCGACCUUGGCAAAGGUCAGGUGAUCAAAGCCUGGGAUUUAGGAGUUGCCACUAUGAAGGUGGGAGAGGUGUGCCAUCUCAUCUGCAAGCCUGAGUAUGCCUAUGGUUCUGCUGGUAGCCCUCCAAAGAUCCCACCCCAUGCCAUCCUGGUGUUUGAGGUGGAGCUGUUUGAGUUUCGUGGGGAAGACAUAACUGAGGAUGAGGAUGGUGGCAUCAUCCGUAGGAUCAUAACAAAGGGGGAGGGGUAUACCAAGCCUAAUGAGGGGGCUACAGUAGAAGUGACCCUGGAAGGCACCUUUGAGGGCUGUGUGUUUGACCAGAAAGAUGUGAAAUUUGAGAUAGGAGACUGCGAAAGCUUCAACCUGCCUGUUGGUGUGGAGAAAGCCAUAAUGGCUAUGGAGCAGGGAGAGGAGUCCCUCUUCACCAUUGCUCCAAAGUAUGGAUAUGGAAGUGCAGGUAAUGCCAAGCUGAGUGUUCCACCUUCUGCUACGCUCCAGUAUAAAAUAAAACUGACAGCAUUUGAAAAGGCUAAGGAGUCUUGGGAAAUGAAUACAGAUGAAAAAUUGGAACAGAGCUCCAUUGUAAAGGAGAAAGGAACUCAGUAUUUUAAGGAGGGUAAAUUUAAGCAGGCCAGUGUGCAGUACAAGAAGAUUGUGUCUUGGUUGGAGCAUGAGUCGGGAUUGCAGGAGGAGGAUGAGAAGAGAGCACGGGUACUAAGGCUAGCAGCUCACCUCAACCUGGCCAUGUGCUACCUGAAGCUGCAAGAGCAGAACCAAGCCUUAGAAAACUGUAACAAGGCCCUGGAGCUAGAUGCAAACAAUGAGAAGGCUGUGUUCCGGCGGGCAGAGGCGCUCUUUGCCAUGAAGGAGUUUGAGCGGGCGCGUGACGACUUCCAGAAAGUUACACAGCUGUACCCCAACAAUAAGGCAGCCAGAGCACAGGUGGCAGUCUGCCAGCGACAUAUAAAAGAGCAACACGAGAAGGACAAGCGCCUCUAUGCCAACAUGUUCCAGAAGUUUGUGGAGCGUGAUGCCAAGAAAGAGGCAGAGAAGGGGAAAGAAGAGGAAAAGGGUAGCUCCAAGAUGGACAUUGAGGAAGAUGGAGCAGAGGUGCAAAUAGAAGCUUAAAUUACUGUUUCAUGUUUCUUUAACUUUAUUGUUCUGUUGUGGUUUUUUAAAAUUGACUUUUGUAACUUAUGGAAUGGUGUUUAAAACGGCUUUUUCCCUGAAGUAACCACGAGAGUGCAGUUAAGUUUACUGUUGCUGCUGUGGAGUGGACAACAAGGUCCCUACUGGGUGCAACUUGUCAGCUUGGACAACUAUUUACUGUAUGGCUUUUCAUCAUUUCUUGAUUUUGGCUUUGCCAAGAAUCAACAGCUACAGAAUAGAACCCUAAAGCGCAGUAGCAGCUAUCCAGUCCUGCUGUUACCUCCCUUCUUCUCUGAAUAUAAUCCAGGGGAAUAAAGGGCCAGUGAGCAGGGCUGCACUGAGCACUUAACAUGGUCCAACUUUUUUUCUACACAUGUUGAAAGCAGUGGUCUGCAUCAAUGGUUGAAUGGUGUGAUGUCUUCACUUCUCAUCUGUUUCUGUUCUGUGUGAAGCAUUCUAUGCUGGUUCCCCAAGGGCUAUUUCAUUCCUCUGCUCCCACACAGCAAAGGGGCCUCAGUGCACUUCUGCUCCAAGGCCAUGCAUGAUUUGAGCCAUGUCUACUGUCUUUUCAGCCAGCUGUCUGUCACUUGUUUUUAAUUCCAAGCACCUUCUGUUUCUUGUGUGUGUGGUUGUUCUGGAAGCUACAGAUACAAAAGGCAAACACUGUCAGUGAAAUGUAUUGUUAAGCUCAUUCAUUUACACAAUGUGAUGCCGGAGAAGAAAAUUAUAAACUGUAUUGCCUGGGUAACAAG